AUGGGAACCGCCCACCACACGGCCCCUCGCCAGGACCGCCGUGGCAGGUUCCACGGGGUCUGCCUCACCCCCCGGUGCUCCAACCACCUCCAGGCUCCGCGCCGCCGUACGUUCCACGUCCGGACGGCUAUCCUCACGCCGGACAGCCGGUCGCCUUGCCCCCUCCGCCGCGCCCCCCGCAUCUACCCGCGAACUACGGACACGCGGGCAGCGCACACGCGCCACGCUUCCCGCCCUGGCCAGCGGCAGCCCCGCCCCCGCCCGGGCCGCCGCCCGGACCGCCACACCCCCCCUUCGGGGCCCCACGCGCCCCCCCGGCGUCUCUGGCACCGCCGACAGCAUCGGCACCGCGCGCAGCAGCCGCCGCCCCGCCCGCCCGCCGCCCGCAGCCGCGGCCCGCGCCCACCCGCGCCACCCCGCGCGCCCAACCCCGCGCCCACCCCGGCGGCGGCCCCGCCCCCGCCCACCCCUGCCAUCUCCGACGCGCUCAAGGCCGCGAUGGCCGCGGCGGCGCAGCUCGCAGCGGCAGCGCACAAGCCCGCGGAGCCCCCUGCACCCGCGCCUGUGGCCCAGCCGCCCCAGACGCAGCCCCAGGGCGCGGGGCAGAAGAUUCGUGCGGGGGCGUUUGUCAUGGGCGCCGGCUCUAAGGUGGCGUUCAAACCGCGAGCGAAGCCAGCGAUCGCGGCCCCGCAGCUGCCGGUGGACGUGGGCGGUGUGGCCGUGCCGGGGGCGGCGGAGCCGCGGCAGGAGGCGCAAGCGCAGGGCGGCGCGGGAGGGGUGGCUGUGCCGCAUGCGGCGGCAGUUGCUGUGGCUGGGGACACGGUCGAGGUACCUGCGGACAGGAGCGAGCAGAAGGACGGCGAGGGCGACGCGACGGAGCAUCGCGGGCGCGGGCGCUCGCGGGAGGCGCCAUCUAGCACGCGCAAGCGUCGCCAGGGGCGCAGCCCGAGCCGGGAUCGCAAGAGGGACCGGCGGCAGCGGCGGAGCCCGUCGCGCGAUCGGGGCCGUAGGUCGCGGAGCCGCAGCCGAAGCUACAGCCGCGGUCGCAGCCACCAUCGCCACAGUCGCAGCCGCAGCUACAGCUCCUCUCCCGGCCGGAGCAGGAGCAGGAGCAGGAGUCGCAGCCGGCGGCGCUGGAGCCGGAGCCCGCGGAGCCGCAGCCGCGGUUCCACGCGCAGCAGGACUCCGUCGAGCGACAGCAGGGGCGGCCUGCGCUCACGCAGUCGCAGCAGGCGACGGAGUCGGUCAUGGAGUCGGCAUCGCCGGUCUCCGGACCGCAGACAGCGACGGAGCGUCGGGAGGGACCGCCGUCGGGAGGACAGGGGCGACGCGAGGCGGCGUGCGGGCCGCCGAUCGCCAGUGGACCGCCGCCGCCGCUCUCCGGCGCGCCGGGGCCCGCGGCGACCGUCCCUGUCGCCGAGCGCAUACUCCCUCAGAGGACGCACGCCCUCGCCGCGGCCCGAGCACCGCAGCCCCCUCCGCGCCCGCCGCGCGCCCGACCCUGCCGCAACGCCAACCAAGCCCCACACCCCCCCGCCGGCGCCCGCGCCGGUCUCGGCGCCCGAGCCUCUGAUCGAGCUGCCGAGCGACGACCUCCUGGAUAGGCUCGCGGAGGGCGCGGCGUUCGAGCUGCGGCGCCACGUGUGCCCGCCCCCCUCCAACGGGCUGUGCGAGUGGUGCAAGCGUCGGGCCGAGGAGCUCGUGCUGCACCGCGGCAUCACCGCGUGCCCGCGUGCGUGCGCGGACGCGCUGCUGCCGUGGGGCGCGGAGGCGCGCGAGCCGACGGCGAGCGGCGUGAGCGAGGGCGUGCUGGCGGCGUUGCGGCAGGAGGCGACGGAUCGGCACGCGGCGCGGCCCGGGGCGGACUGGACGUCGCAGGACGACGCGGAGAUCAAGGAGAAGGACGUCGCGGAGCCGAUGAUCGGGGCCGCUGGGUACGACCCCGCGCGGCACGCGGAGCCGGUGCCGUUUGGCGACGCAGCGGGGGGGGGUCCCGCAACGGACCCCAGGGUGCCGGUCAGGCAGCGCAUGGGCGGCGGCGGCGGCGCAUGGUCGCUGCCGCUUCCGACCUGGGCUGUGCGGCCGCAGCUGCUCGCGGCAUCGAUGCGGCAUCGGCAGUCGGCGGCUGCGGCAGCGGGGCCCGGGCCCGUGUGGGACGCGUACGGCCGCAACGAGCCUGUGUGGGCGGCACCGAGCGUGGGCACGCCCGACAGCGACGACGAGUCGUGGCCGGGCACCGCGAUCGACGACGAGGUGCGGCGGUUGCUGGGGCUGUCGGAGAGAGCAGAUGUGGCGGGGCAGCCGCCAGACUAG